GUUCCAGAUUCACCACCCUUAAGGAAGUACAGAUAAUAUUGAUCUUGUUCCCGAAAUUGCAGAUUAGUGUUUCUGAAGAGCGUUAUUUUCCUUUGAAUUGUCCACAAGUCAAAGUUAACUUAUGACCAAAGAAACAGAAAAUACAGAACUGAAAUAGUGGUAAGAACCUAAGUUCUUAAGAGUCUAGAGUAUUAAGGAAUAUUUGCAAACCAGGAGCUUUUCAAUUAAAGACUUUAUUCCUUUUGAGUUCUCUAUCAAUAAGACAUCUAGUUGGGUUUCUUUCAAUCUUGGUGAAUUCACUUACACACUGAUGAGUUUUAAAUUGAGAACACGUAUUCAAAAAGAAAAAAAGGUAAAUUGCAAUGAAUGAACACAUAAUACGCCUUAAACACAACUUUGAAACUCUGACAUUGCACUUUUCUAUAAACUAUUUUGUUCAAAAGAUCAAAAGAUGCUAGAAUCACCUACAGCCUCUUUGGGGCGAAAACUGGAGGUGUACAGCCUUUCUCUUCUCUCCCUUUCUAUUUUGCAGGACAUCCAGAAGGUCGCAAGUUACAUACGCCGUCACUUAUCCCCACCCAAGGCUUCAGUUCCAGUUAAUACAAUUCUUCAAAAGAGGUGGAGGGCAUGCGGGUUGGGCUACCCGGGUCCUCCGGGCACAGUGGAGUCGGUCCGCUAACUGGUGGGUCCAGGCGCCUAAAAACGAACAGCCGCCAGCACCACCUCGCGGGGCCGCCUGGAAGCCCCACCUCGCACCUCCGCGACCCUCUCCACCGCAAGCGCGCGCCAGGAGCCCGGGCUCGGGGAGGAGUAACACCGGAUUCCGUCACCGCCGCUACUCGCCACCGGUGCCACGCACACAACUCAGGCAGAACGGGAAAGGCCCCGGCGUCCACUCCAGCGGCCACUAGGCCCGAAGCGGCGCCCGCAGAUCGCGGGGGGCGAGGAGUACACACCCGCCACCUGCAAAAGUCCUCGGCACCGCACACACUUCUCCAGCCAACCUCGGAAAACCGACACCGGGCCUCGCCCUCCACCUCUUCGUUGAACGCGCUUUCGGAAGUCACACGACAGAGCGCAUGCGCACCUCUGCUUGCCAGGUCUCUAGCCACUGGCAAGAGAAGCGGCAACUCCGGAUUUGAAGACAGACAUCCGGAAGUCGCUGCGAGUACGCACUCCACUCUGCACCGACCGAAACUCGACCCCGGCAAGAGAGGUUCCGGGGCUGGCUGCGGCCAGAGGCGGCGAAAUGGAGACCAGAGUCGAGGACUCGGGAAUGAACGGCCGCCCGACGCUGGCCUCUUCCUGGGAUACCGCGAACGGGGACCUGUCCCGGAGCCUCCUCCUCACCCGGGCUGGCGUCGGCCCCCAGGACUUCGACUGGGAGGAGCUGCUGGCGCCGCCGGCUUCGGGCCAGCCUCUGGUGAGCCUGAGCGCCGGGCCGGGCCCCCGGGGCAGGACGCCCUGCUUCCUCGACCUGCGGUGCGACCCCGGGGCCGGGGAAGACAUCCUGGCGGUGGGCGUCCUGAGCUCGGCGAGGAACAUGGAGGUGUACGUGGGAGAGGAGUACUGUGGCACCGGCCGGGGCCAGGGCGCCCGCACCGUCCCGGAGGGCAGAGAACAGGAAAAUGUUAUUUUCUACAAAAAACAUCUAAAAUUGGAAACUUCCACAUAUGCUUGUAAAAUAAAGUUGCUGUCCUUUGGUGAAAAACAGUGUGUGUUCCUCAGUAAGGUUGUGGUACACAUGAAACCAGUUUCAGGAAAUUCUUCACCAAGCUCUCCUGCUCUAGGAUCAAGGAUAGACCUUGACAAGGUCCAAACCAUAAUGGAGUCCAUGGGGUCAAAGUUAUCACCUGGAGCUCAGCAGCUAAUGAACAUGGUUAGGUUUCAACAGCAGGUAAGUAGCAAUGUUUUUCUUUCCACAUAGCAGUAAAAAAAAUCAUUUCAAAAUGAUGGCCUUUGAUGAGGAAAUGCAGUAUUUUUUUUUUUUUUAAGUGUUUUUCUGUGAUACUAGGGAUUGAACCCAGGGACUUGGGCAUACUAGGCAAGCACUCUAGUGCUGGACUACCUCCCCGGCUCUUAUUAUAUUUUAGAUGGGGUUUUGCUUAGUUGUUUAGGCUGUACUUGAACUUGCAAUCUUUCUGUCUCAGCCUCCAAAAUAGCUGGGAUUACAGGUGUGUACCACUACACCCAGCUAAGUUUUUAAUUUUUAUUAUUGAUUUAACUGUCAUCUGUUCAUAGUUUGCAAAAGGCAUAUUUUGUAGACUUACCCUCAUAUAAAAAGUUUUGACUGGACAGCUUCACAAUUUUUCAUUAAUUCAUUCACCCAUCAUUCAGCAAGUAGCAACUUUGAUGAAUUAUGGGCUGAUUUGAGCACUUUCUAGGAUGCAAAAAUGAUCAAUUGGUGUAUAGCCUGUUUUUAAGGAUUUUUGCAGGCUAGAUCAUAUGAGUGGUCUCAUACAGAAAUAAAUUUUCUCUGAUGACUGAGUAAAGCUCCUUUGAGCUAAAAGAUUGUUGCCUAAUGUUAAAAUAUUAGAAAUAUAACCCAUCUUAUUCCAGGAAUAUUUUAAGACUUAUUCAAAACUUGGACUAGAACAAGAAAAAAUGACAAUAGGCCAGCAUUUCUCUAUGUAGAGCCUUUUCCAAAGUGCAUUUCUGUAAAAUAUGUUGGAUGGGUACUUGCUAUCACAGGUGCCUCUGCCUCCACUUCCCUGGCCCUCAUUAUCCCCUUUCCUGCCUUAUUUUUUCCCUGAAGUAUCUAUCACCACCUACAUCCCAUGAUGUUUAUUUCCUCCUCCUCUCUCCUCAUCCCUCACGUCUUUCCCUCCGUCCUUUCAGGCAGUCUCUCCCUACUAUCUUAAGACUCCCAAGAGGUCAGAGAUUUUAAUUUGUUUGAUUCACUGCCAUAUUUCUCAUACCUCAAGUGGAGCCUAACACAUAAAUUUCUGGUAAACAUUUUUUGAAUAAAUGAAUGUAGAUCUAACUUGAUCUCAGAAUAAUUUUUACACUAUCUAGAUGAGUGUAUGAACUGAACUUCUUUAGCUAAUCUUGAUAAUUACUUUUCAGCCCAUCUUUCAAAAACUGAAUAGUAGUAAGUGUGGGAUGAUAAACCCUGAUAAAAACCUGUAGUAGGCUUCUACGUUUUGAAUUUAAGAGCUCCAUAUGCCUUCACACAAACAAUUCAGUUAGAGGUCAUUUGGUUUUGCUUUAGUGGAAAAAUUGAAAACCUGAAGAAGAAGAUAGCAUACUUUCUCUUCAACAUAAAAUCUCAAGAAACAAAGGAAAGAAUAACACACAAGCAAUUUAAUCAUGGUACCAAUAUGGAAUUUUGGUUUUUUUUUUUAUUUUGGUGUAGGGAUUGAACCCAGGACCUCACACUCUUCAGGCAAGUGUUCUACCACUGAGCCACAUCGCUAGGUCUUUAAUUCUUAUUAAGGUGGAAAUUCUUAAACACAGACAAGUGGUAGCUCAUUUUAGUUAUUGAAAAUGUCACAGUGCUAAGUGGAAUAACCCAAUCCCAAAAAACCAAAGGCCAAAUGUUUUCUCUGAUAAGUGGAUGCUGAUCCAUAAUGGGGGGUGGGAGAGGGCAUAUGAAAAAUGGAGGAACUUUGGAUUGGGCACAGGGGAGGGAGGAGAGAGGAAGGGGCCUGGAGGGUAGGAAAGACUAUGGAAUGAGGUGGACAUCAUUACCCUAAGCGCAUGUACAUAUGGUGCUGCAC